UCGCUGGGGCCCAGGAUUCGGGGUGGGGAGGGGGGCAGCCCCGAUCCUACCGGCACAGCACCACCCACCUGUGUAUGGGCCGGAUGGACAGACAGUGCGAUGGGGCGGGGGCAGGGGGGGCGGCAGAGCGACGGGUGUGCUGGGGAUAGACCGAUAUUGUGGUAGCCGUGUUGGCCCUGCAGAGGUGGGGAAGGGACCCUGUCCUGGUGGCCCGGCAUUGGGACCUGUCAUACCCCCCCCGCCCCUCCCGAGCCAGCCCCACCCUGACUGUGUCGCGUGCUGUGCUCUGCUGGGACUGGCGUGAAUGGGCGGCCGUGCAUUGGGCCCCGGUGUCCCUCCCCAAACAGUGACACCCCGCUCUGUGGGGCCGGCGUGACGCUCCCCGCUUGUCCUGGUGUCUCGGCCCAGGGGUGAGCAGGCCAGGAUGUCCGAGGGGCCGGCCAGGCGGAAGGUCGGGAUCGUGGGCUUUGGACAUUUGGGCCAGUAUCUGGUGCGGAGACUCCAGGACGAGGGACCCCGGCACGGCCUGGAACUCGCCUUCGUCUGGAACCGGGAUGCGGGGAAGUUGCAGGGGAAGGUGCCGGUUUCCCUCCAGCUGCAGGACCUGGCCCGGUUCCCCGAGCAGUGAGUGCUCCCCCCGCCCCCCCCAGCUGCAGGACCUGGCCCGGUUCCCCGAGCACGAGGUGGAUCUGGUGGUGGAAGUGGCUCAUCCCUGCGUGGUCCGGGACCACGGCGCCUCCUUCCUGUCCGGGGCAGACUUCAUGGUGGGUUCCCCCACGGCCCUGGCUGACCAGGUCACGGAGAUGCGGCUGCGGGAAGCUGCCCGGCGUGGGGGGCACACGCUGUACGUGCCCCGGGGGGCGCUGUGGGGCGGCGAGGACAUCCAGCGGAUGGAUCAGAGGGGUGUGCUGCAGGGCCUGAAGGUGACCAUGAUCAAGCACCCGGACAGCUUCCGGCUGGAGGGGGCGCUGAGGGAGCAGCUAAGGGCCGGGCGGGCCGUGCUGUACGAGGGGCCCGUGCGGGCUCUCUGCCCACUGGCCCCCAACAACGUCAACACCAUGGCGGCUGCUUGCAUGGCCGCCCCCAGCCUGGGCUUCGACGGGGUCCAGGGGUGCCUCAUUGCUGACCCUGGCCUCCCUGACUGGCAUGUGGUGGAGGUGGAGGUGACCGGCCCGUUCGGCGAGCGCAGGGACCAGGCCUUCACGGUCACCACCAGCCGCAGGAACCCAGCCUCCCCCGGAGCUGUCACCGGGGCGGCAACCUUCCCUUCUUUCUGGAGCAGCCUGCUAGCCUGCCAGGGCCACCGAGGGCAUGUCGUUUUGUGCUGAUGCUGGUUUGGGGCCGGAGGGAGCCGGCUGAAGACAGUGGGGCUGGUAGUGUGUGUUGCUGGGGGGGGGGUCCCCUCUGACUAAGAGAUCAUUAAAGAGCAGGGUGGCAGGGAGGAAGGGCGGGAAACCUUUCAAACUUGGUCCCAGAGGCAUGAUGGGGGGUGUAGUUCUUGCUCCCCGGAGCUGAGCGGGAGUCACAGGGUAUGUAACCCCCUCCUGCAGAGACUGAUGUCGGCUGUUGCUUUUGGGUUAUGACGGGAACGGUACAGUAGAACCUCAGCAUUGUGAACACCCGAGUGAUGAACUGACCGGUCAACAACACCUAGGGUGACCAGACAGCAAGUGUGAAAAAUCGGGACAGGGGCGGGGAGGGUAAUAGGAGCCUAUAUAAGAGAGAGACCCCCAGAUCCGGACUGUCCCUAUAAAAUCGGGACAUCUGGUCACGCUAACCACACCCCUCCUUGGGAACCGGACGUACACAGUCAUGCAACAGCCGCAGAGACAAACCGACAAAUCCAGCACAGUCCUGUGUUAAAUGCAAACUACUACAAAAAAAUAAUGGGAAAGUUUAAAAAAAAGAAAGAUCUGACGAGACGAGGAAA